UUCCGUACGUGUGCUGCUGUUUGGCUGAGAGCUAGCCGCCGUGUCUUAGCGCUCCAGGUGCAGCUAAUUGCUGCUGUACCUCCUUACUCAGGUUUAAACGGAAUCUUUGAAAUGACGAAGUUGGACACAUGUUCAACGAGAAUUAACCGAUUGAAGGAAACUGUAGAUAUCAGCUGAUCAUUUCAUGGAUUUACACUGGACCUAUGUGUGAAAACACUGAUGAUUGGAGCCAAAGAACAAGAGCUUCACUCCAAAAUGACCUAUACAUCCUCCCAUGUCUCUACGAUGAUGUGCAGAAGCCUGUUUUAAGUAAUGUGAGCAAGAGGGGAAAGGGAAUGCAGACUUGUCAGCUAUAGCUUUUAUGAGAACGUGAUGCCCAGGCGGGGGUUGCCACUCCAGGGUCGGGUCCGCUGGCUCUUCCUGGGUCUCUUUCUGCUGCUGGUGUUGCUGCUGUUUGCAUAUCUGCUGGAGUGCACUCCACCAGCAGACGUCAGCCUGAUCCUGCCCGGCCCUGUAGGAGAGACCUAUGGAAAAGAAUAUUACCAGGCCCUGCUCCAGGAACAGGAGGAGCGCCACUCAAACCGUGCCACCAGUCUGAAGCGGCAGAUCGCCCAGCUUAAGCAGGAAUUGCAGGAAAUGAGCGAGAAGCUGAAACUCCUACAAGAGAAGAAGGAGCUUCCAGGAGUCCAGGGUCUGGCCGAUAAAGACCAAGAGCCUGGAGAUUUGCUAGAGUACUUGCAUUCUCAGAUCGACAAGGCUGAGGUCAACACAGGCGCACGCCUCCCAAGCGAGUAUGCCCUGGUGCCAUUUGAGAGUUUUACUUCUUCCAAGGUGUACCAGCUGGAGAUGGGGCUGACGCGGCACCCGGAGGAGAAACCGGUCCGCAAAGACCGCAGGGAUGAGCUGGUGGAGGUUAUUGAGGCCGCGCUGGACAUCAUCAACAACCCUGACGAGGAGGACGGUGUAGAGGACGAUGUGCCGAUGCAGAGGCAAACCUACACAGAUGGUCACUUUACUGAAGGGCUGUACCGGACAGAGCGAGACAAAGGGACACUUUACGAGCUCUUCUUUGCCAAAGAGGAUUCCAGCAGCUUCCGCCACGUCACACUCUUCAGGCCUUUUGGACCCUUAAUGAAAGUCAGGAGCACAUCUGUAGAAACAUCAGGAAUGAUUAUUAACAUCAUUGUGCCACUAGCAGGCAGAGUAGAAACUUUCUCACAGUUCUUGCAAAACUUCAGGGAGGUGUGCAUACAGCAUGACAGAGGAGUACAUCUCUCAGUGGUUUAUUUUGGGCAGGAAGGCCUACAGGAGGUGAAGUCAUCGCUGGAAAAAAUGUCAAGGGAGGAAAGCUUCUCCAACUAUACUCUGAUCCCAGUGGAUGAGGAGUUUUCGCGGGGUCGAGGUUUGGAUAUCGGCGCUCACGCGUGGAAGAAAGGCGACGUCUUAAUGUUUUUUUGUGACGUGGACAUCCAUUUUACACUAGAGUUCCUCAACACCUGUCGUCUCCACACUGCGCCAAACAAGAAAGUCUUCUAUCCAGUCGUGUUCAGUUUGUACAAUCCUGCAAUAGUCUAUGGAAAUUUGGAGCUGGCUCCACCUAUUGAACUCCAGCUGAUUCACAAAAAGGAUGCUGGAUUCUGGAGAGAUUUUGGAUUCGGAAUGACCUGUCAGUACCGCUCAGACUUUCUAAAUAUUGGCGGUUUUGAUCUUGAGGUCAAAGGUUGGGGUGUGGAAGACGUCCACUUGUACAGGAAGUAUCUCCGGAGCGACAUAAUAGUGAUCCGUACACCUGUGUCGGGUCUGUUCCACCUGUGGCACGAGAAGCAGUGCGCGGAUGAGCUGACACCGGAGCAGUACCGCAUGUGUAUCCAGUCCAAAGCAAUGAACGAGGCCUCCCACUCUCACCUGGGCAUGCUGGUUUUCCGCGAGGAGAUCGAGGCUCACCUACGCAAACAGGCCUUCAAGACACAGAGCAAAACGGAGGACUGAGUGAGCCUCUGCAUACCCAGCAUCAUUUCUACAUUAAGACUGCAAGGUGCUAAUAUUAUUAAGGCACGUUUACAUGGAUCCUUCUGCAUUUCACCGCACAGCUGUAGACAAAUGAAUGUACAAAAAUGAACAUUAGUCAAUGUGAAACUUCACAACAUAGCACGAGUCUUACUGAAGAGCUGAGGAUCAAAUUAGCAAUACUUGCUGAGGGAGAAACAACAGGUUGGAUUUAGGUUGUCAUAUUUUACAUUAAAUCAAUUCAAUAAGCAUGCGCUUACUAACUUUGGACUCAUUAACCUCUCAUUAAGCUAUCCUACAUGCUUCAAACACAGCGCCUGACCUGCAGCCAGUCUUUUAGCACCUUUAACAGCUGAAUGUGACGUCAGAUUCCGGCUCAUUCAGAUGAUUUCUGCAGCUGCUGGUGUUUGGACGGGCUUUGUUUUUUUUUUUUGUUUUUUUAAAUCAGACUAAAGACACAUUAAAGGAUAACAUGUUGUGUAAUUUAUUGACAACAGUAAAAAUGUUGCACUUUCUCAUAAUGAACAAAAGAAGCCAAAAGUUUACACUUAUUUUCAACUUUAGAUCAGAACACUUUAUAAUCUUUCACGCAGUAUUUUGGCAGUAGUAUAUGGAGCUAUACUAUUCUGUUAGUAUUAUAAGUUCUGUCAGAAGGUUUGUGUUGUUUUUUUUUUUUUGUUUUUUUAAAAAAAGGGAACUUUCUGUGUUUUGUGACAGUCGGUCGCUGUAUUCAUUCAUUUAUUGCUGAUUGCUUCCAAGAGUUCAGGACUAGGAGCAAAGAUCUGCUUACUGCAUGCAGCGCUGCAAUAUCAGGUGUAUGUGGACCAGUAUUAUUGUAUAAAUAACAACAAUGAGAAUCACUCCCAGCACUAUGAUUCCUUAUACUGGACUGAGAUUGAAUGUUACAGUCACACUUGUAAAUAUUUUUCUAAAAUUCCAUUGUUUCAUACAUGAGUUAAAUAUGUGCCUACAUGCUUACAGUACUAUGAUCCGUUUCUUCUGAAAAUGUUUGAAGCUGUAUCUGCACAGCUGCUGGUUUUUAUUCCACAUAAUGUUACAGCUGAACAGUUCCCACAGGUUAGAGGGGUCAUUUUAAUGAGUACAGCUGUCUAAAGAUUACAAAGAGCAGGCAAGAAGUGCUUUUUAUCCCUCGCAGUGGAAGCAGGUUCUCACUGCAGCUCAUCCUGUACUGUAAUUAUUUUAUUAUCAAUGUUUUUUGCAAAUAUUCCAGCUUUUUGUAGAUAGUCUUCGAGUCUCCUUACCCUGCAGGAGAAUACAUCAGCAGUACACAAUUCAAAGAAAAAAGGCUUGAGCAAAGUAAUGAUUUAUUUUGAGUCUUGCCAUGAAAUAAAACUUACAGAAGGCUGUGUUCA